AGGAAAAAAUCUGAAUGAAAAAGAAGAAAGAAAGAGGAAAAAGAGGCGAAAGAAGAAAAGCGUUAAAUAAAAACCUGAGCGAUGGAUCACGCUUUCAGGCAUAGAUACACAUAGAUUGACAGCUCAUCACCUCACCCCAGGGUGGACACAACUUUUGGUGCUUCCUCUUCAGUAGAACAAGAUUUUUUUUUUCUUCAUUCAUCAGCAAAACCAGAACAACAAAAUAGAGAGGGCACUGCUCAAGGUUGCUGCAAUGAAGGGUGGUGCUAAGAAAAAGGCCACGGCGGAUGCUCCGCCCGAGGUGGUGGAGCCUUCUGGUGCUGCGGAUUCGGGAGGUGGAGAGGGUGGGAGUGACAAAGUUCAAAGCUUUGAGGGGAACGAGGGGACCCAGUUGCGGAACGGGGAGGAUGAGGAACCCCAGGUGGGGGAUUCUGACGGGGAGGGUGAGGAAGGAGAAGGGGAGGGGGAAGAAGAGUAUGGUGUGGGGGGAGAUGAAGAAGAGGAAAAUGCUGGUGGUGCUUUUCCAGGGGCUCAGGGUGUUGUUCUGGCUGAGAAUUUUUAUGAAGUUGAAGCUAUACGUCGCAAGAGGGUGCGCAAGGGUCAGGUGCAAUACUUUAUCAAAUGGAAUGGGUGGCCUGAGACAGCCAACACUUGGGAGCCACCAGAAAAUCUGGUUUCUGUUCCUGAUGUUGUUGAAGCUUUUGAGGAGAGCUUGAAGUCAGGAAGACACCGUAAGCGCAAACGCAAGCACGUGGUGCAUCAUACUCAACCCAAGAAGAGGCUGGAGCGUUCUACCACUCCUUACAGUCUUCGACGCUUUUCGAGUACCGUUGGAAGCCAUUCACAGUCUGCUCUUCCUGUUCUUAGUGACGCUAGCCUUCCUGUUAUUCCUGCCUUUCCUCAGACUGUUCUUUUUGCUGAUGAAUUGGGAAAUGGUGCUGGCAACAAUCUUGAAAGUGCCAUACCUGUUAAUGUUAACAAAUCUCCAAUUGUUUCAGAACAAAAUGUUGAAAGGAAUGAGGAAAAUGAUUAUGAUCCUAAGCUUAGUGAGCUGAAAGCCUCUUCUGCCGGUGGGAAUGAAGCUGACAGGCUUGCAAUACGGAUUCCAGAAGCAAUGCCUUCUGGUCCUGGGUUUGCUGGCAAUAAUGGUCAAACAGUUGCUAAGCCAAAGGGGGUUCGCAUGGAAACAAGUGAAAGUGGUCGCUGCCGAGGAGCCAAAAGGAGAAAAUCUGGUUCUGUAAAGAGGUUCAACAAAGAAUUAUAUGCUGGUGAGCCUGCCAAUACACAGAACCCAAUUGGAGCAGCUGUUAGUACAGAUGAGUCAGCCCUACUAACACGGAAUGUUGGUAGUGGUGCUAAUCAUGCCAGACCUGCUAGCAAUAUUGUAAAGAUUAUAAAGCCAAUAGGCUAUUCAGCUUCUGUAGCCAGCGGAGCGCAGGAUGUUUUGGUAACCUUUGUGGCUUCAAACUGGUCGGUUCAGGAAAGGAGAAGUGUUAAUUUUGGUUGCAAUUGUGCACUCCUCGAUAAUGAUUAUUUUGAGUUAAUGAAAUUACAGUAGUCCCUUUCUAUUGCAUUUUAUAGAGACAGUUGUGGGAGCUUCUGGUAAUAAAUGAGGCCAGUCACAGAUAUUUCCAAUAUCGUUCACUUACAUUUUAUAAACAUUUACUUGUAAGAUUGACAUAGAAUUGUUAAGGUAGCUUAACAUUUAUUGACUUAUUGAAGCUUAUUUUUUUUUUUUUUAUGUUUUACUACAAGCAGUUAAAGCUUGAAUUUAAUUAUGAGAGUAUAGUGUUUUUCUUUUCUUUGGUUGAUCAAGGAUGUGGUGUGGAAUAUUUGAUAGAAAGGGGGAAAUUGAUGUAGUUGAGAAACUAAGAUGUCCACAAUUCCUUUGUUAGUACCAAUACAAUUUUAGCCAAUGUUUACAGAUGCUAAAUCAUAUAUACUAAACAAAAUACUUACCUUUAAAUUUUGUGGUUCUUCAAUUAGACCUUGAUUGGCUUUUAGAAGGCCCCACCCAUUAGGGUUCUCAUUGGGGUCCCAAUGGGAAGGAAGAAAGGCAAACGGGAGAGGAAGAAAGGCAAAUGGGAGAGGAAGUGCCACUCACACACACAAACACACUACGUGCCUAAGCCAAACUUAUUUGGCUUGGCUGGACUAUCCCACAUGAGUCGUAUUGUAGUCAACUUGACCGAGAAUUAUUUGCUUAAGGAAAUAAAUAAACUAGUCUGAAGAGAGGGUUGAAGCAUUGCUUCUAUUCAUCACCACCUCUUACAAAGUUCUAGUAAGCGAGGGAUGCAACCUUGGAGUAGAACAAUCUUUCAUCAACAUCAUCAUUGAUAAGGAAAGCAGUCAAGUAAAGAAGUAACAAAACAAUAAUACAGUUCUUGGUAAAGAGAAGAAACAAGUGUAGCAAUAGUAUCAUAUCGAAAGCUAGAUCAUCGAAGUUUGGGCGAAUGGUUACGAGAGGAAAAGGUUUUGGAAUGCAUAUUUUGAGGCAAAAUAAUAAAUUGAAAGAGGUAACCUUGCAAAAAGAACGUCGUAUCGUGUGUAAGUGUCGUUUGCUCGUUGCCAAUAGGAUGAACUUGGGUUAUAAGAUUCAAACAUGAGUUUCAAAAUUACAAAAGGGGUUGAAAAUCUUAGGAUUCAAAGGUUGUUCUAGAGGACUACAAAUUCUUGCUUGUAAUGAGUGUUGUCUACUAGGAGAGUAAUGAAUUAGAUUGGAUGGGUUGAUGACAAAUUAAAUUAGAAUUUAUGGAAAGAACUCCAGCUUUUUACGAAUCACGAUUCCUAAUCAGGGUUUUUUUUUUUUUCUUUUUCUUUUCUGAUAGAAUAAAAGUUAGCUUGCUUACUUUGUGCAAGUGCGAAGGGAUAAUUUGGUUGCUUUUUUCAUAAGGUUCAAUACAUCUUUGGGUUACUAUGCUUAGUUUUGGAUUUUUCAAAAUUGAUUAGUUGAUUGGAAGAAAGGAUAGUUAUAGAUUAUAAGGAAAAACUAGAGCUAGAAAGAAGUGAUAGGUUGAAUAUAAAAUAUACGUUGUGGGCUUAACUUUGCUAAGUUAAUUGUGUAUCGUAAAAAAGGAAAAUAUUAUGUCUUGGGAAAGAAAUUGAAGUGGUUUUGAUAAAAAAAGCUACGUUUAUGGUAUCUCUUUGAAUCCUUACUUUGUUAUGCUAGCUGCCAUGGUUAUCAAACUCAUGGGUUGACUCGCACACCCGUACGAGAUUACGAGUCUAGACAUUGGUCAUGAGUUGACUCGUAUAUAAACUCGUUUUUGAGUAGACUCGGGGUAGACCCUGAGUGGACUCGAAGUAGACUCGGAGUGGACUCAGAGUGGACUCAAAGUGGACUAGGAGUGGACUUGGAGUAGAUUCGGAGUAGACUCAGUUGACUCGUAACAAACUCGCGAGUUCGAGAAUUUGUUAUGGUAGUUGUGUAUUGUAAAAAAGGAAAAUAUUAUGUCUUAUUGGGAAAGAAAUUGGAGCGGUACGCUUUUGAUAGGCUGGGAUUAAUCGAAAAAAGUUUUAUAGAUGGUAUCUCUUAGAAUCCUUACUUUGUAUGCUUAAUAUAGUGAUACCUUGAUAUACCUAAUCUACUCCAUCAGUUGGUACUAGUUAUCAUGAUUUUGAUUCUUUGGUUCAAUGAGAAACAUGAAUCAAUAGAAGAAUUCUUCUACUGGAUUUAUAUCCUAAGCCCUAUAAGAUUAAUUGAUUUGUUCUAUGAAUUCUAGGUUAGGAUGGACGGGGCUUGAUCCCACAACUUUUCUUGGAAAUUGUCUAGUAAGUGUGAACACAUGUAUUGUAUGGUACUUUACACUAUUAAAACUUGAUUAUAUAUACAAAUUUAAUUUUGAUUUAGUAUAAACUUAACCAUUUUUAGUAUAAAAUUAACUAUUAACUAUUUUUAGUACAAAUUAACCAUUUUUAGUUAAAAGUAACUAUUUUUAGUAUAGAAUCAGCUAUUUUAAGUAUAGAAUUAACUAUUUUAGUAAGCAUAACCAAGGUUUAAAGAUUGUAAAGUUACAACCA